GUGGACGUAAUGUGGGUAUAUAAUUCAUUGAAAUGCCGAUAUGAUUGAGAGUUCACACACGGGCCUAGACGCUCACACGCUUGUCGUCGGAUCACCGCAGGAGGAUAUAUUCCUCCUUCUUCUCGGACUCUUUUGCUAGCCACCCACCUUUCCCCCCUCCAACGAACAAAAGAUUCAAUAAUGACGAGCCUCGACGAUAAGGAAACUCAAACCAUAUCUCUCGCAGAUGGUCGGACUCUUGCUUAUGCCGAGUACGGCAACCUUACAGGCACUCCGAUCAUAUGUAUGCAUGGCACGCCGUCAUGCCGCCUCGAAUAUCGGCUUUGGGAGUCCUCGGCCAAGAAGCUCAACGCACGCUUGAUCGCUCCCGACCGUCCGGGAAUGGGUCUUUCGACAAAUUCCCCGGGCCGGACAUUGCUGGAUUGGCCACGAGAUGUGCAGACAUUGACACAACAGCUCAAGCUCGACCGCUACCAUGUCCUUGGCGGGUCGGGAGGUGGACCUUUUGCACUGGCAUGCGCAAAGGAGUUGCCGAAAUCUCAAUUGUUGAGUGUGAACGUUUGGGCCGGGGCAGGGCCACCAGAGAUCGGUCUGAAAGGCAUGACACUUCUCGGUAGAUCUGCGUUAUUUGUGUACAAGUGGAUGCCGUCAUUGAUGGGUUGGUUCGAUGCCCAUUUCGUUGCUCCAGCGGCGAAAGACCCGGAUCCCAAAGUCACCGAGGCGUUCUUACUUAAGACGGCCAAGUACCAGUCGAAAGAGGAGCAAGCACUAUUCGAGGACCAAUUUUACAUGGACGUUGUGCGUGAUACAUUUAGGGAAACUUACAGGCAGGAUCAAGAUGGCGCAAACGAGGAGAUGAGGAUAUUAGGGGAGAAUUGGGGCUUCAAGCUCGAAGAUGUCGAGGUGAAGCGGAGCACGUUCUUUUAUGGCACAGACGACACAAAUACACCGAUCCGAAUGGGAAGGUAUAUGCAAAGUCGACUGAAAGGGGCCACCUUGAAAGAGUUCCCAGGAAAGACGCAUUUCACCAUCGACGAUGACAGAGGUGAGGCUAUUCUGCAAGGCGUUUUGCAGGCGUGAAUGAUGAUUGCUGACGAAGAGG